CCAAUGAUGGGGUGCUAUUCCUCCCACUGACACCAAUGAUGGGGCAUGAUUCCUCCCACUGAUACCAAUGAUGAGGCACUACUCCUCCCACUGACACUAAUUAAGGAGCAGCCGCUCCUCUCCCCCAUUGACACUAACGAUGGGGCACUAUUCCUCCUCCCACUGACACUAAUGACCAUCGAGCUGCCGAACUGAAAGAAGGAGCAGCCGCGCUUCCUGGACCGGAUCGUCGUGGGACCGGGAUCGGAGCCAGGUAAGGUACAGCAGC